UACUAAAUCAACUAGCACGGUAGUAGCAAGCAACAGCACCGAAAAUAAUAGCUAAGUAACUAGAUAACGCAAGUGUAGCAGCCGGAAAGGCACCAAUUAACCAAACCACCAACUGUGCAACCAACCGUAUAUUUAAUAACAAAAAGAAUAACAAACAAACAAACAAAAACAAUAAUAAAGUGUCAUGUUGUAUCACUAAUGAAAAACUGCCAACAAUUUGAAAGUGCGAAAAAACAUUGCGAAAACAAUAGACAAAAAAAAAAUUGCAAAAAGUCGAAAUUAAUUUAAGCAAAAACACGUUGUGGAAUACAUUAAACACCAAUCGUCAAUAAUCGCGCCAAUAAUAACAAUUACGAGCUUUGAAAUAAAAUCAAGAUAAUAAAAAUAUCAACCACUAGCCCAGGCAAAUCAACGACAAAAAAAAAUGCAUCAAUUCAAAUUAACCGAAAUGAAAACGAAUUUGCUGUAUGCGCCCGAUUCAUAUGCGCUGGCGCACGCAGUCUCAGCCGAUUUGAAUACGGUAAAGGGCUCUCUCGCCUGGCAAUUUGCGGUAAUUUUUGGAAACUUCGAUGAGCUUAGCAAGCAGCCGAUAACCGUGGGCAAUGUCGCCGUUAUGGAGCAAGAGUCGCGUUUCAUUUACUUUCUGGUGACCAAGGAGAAUGUCUACGAGACGACAACAUACAAUACACUGCAUGCAGCGCUGAUUUGUAUGCGUGAACAUAUGCGAAUUCAUGAGAUUACAAAAAUCGCUAUGCCGCGUAUUUGCUGCGGCACCGAUAGCUUGGACUGGCAACGAGUAAAGCAGUUAAUACGACAAGUAUUCGCCAAAGAGAAUAGUGUCGAAAUUUUGGUAUGCAACUACAAUGAACCGGUGCAAAUUCCGCCAAAAUGCCAAAUUACCGAGGUCAAGGGCAACAUAUUCAGCGCUCCGCUGGAAUUCUCUAUGGUGCAUUCGACUAGCGCUGACUUUGCCAUGUCCAGUGGUUUGGGUUUGCAAUUUAAGUGCAAAUUUGGACAAGUCAACGAGUUGCUGAAGCAACAUAAACAUGUUGGGAAUGUGGCAGUAUUGAAGGAUAACAAUCGCUUCAUAUACCAUUUAAUAACAAAGGAACGUAGUCAUGAAAGGUGCACAUAUCCAGCGAUUUACUAUGCACUGAUGUCAUUGCGCGAGCAUAUGGAACAAAAUAACGUAAACAAGCUUGCAAUACCCAGAUUUGGCGGCGAAGUUGAUCGUCUGAGUUGGUUGCGUGUUAAAAAUAUUGUGGAAUUUGUGUUUGCCAACACUGAAGUGGAAAUCAUUGCAUACUAUUACGAUCCACCCGAAGUUGUGCGAAGACGUUCACGCGAUUCGCGUUCACGUUCACGCACAUUGGAGUCUAUGGUUAGCCGGAUGUCACUUUCACGAGACUUUCCAUAUCAGUUAACAACACUCAAACACCAAUUAUCCUUUCACUCAACUGUUGUUCAAAAUUUCUGCCCCAACAUGUCAUCGGAUGAGAAAUUCAAAUUGUCUGAAAUCGAAGGAGAUCUAUUUAGCGCCCCAGAGACACAUUCGCUUGCACAUUGCGUUGGCGCCGACUUUGCAAUGGGUGCAGGCAUUGCUGUAAAGUUCAAACAAAUCUACGGACAAGUGGACAAACUACUGGCCCAGGAUGUAAAAUCUGGCGGUGUAGCCGUUUUACAAGAUAAAGAACGUUACAUUUAUUAUUUGGUGACAAAGCCACAAAGUUGGGGUAGUCCUACCUAUGAUAGCCUGCGCUCAUCACUGACUGCUAUGCGUGAGCAUAUGCGUAAAAAUAAUGUACACAAAUUAGCUAUACCCCGCAUUGGCUGUGGUAUCGAUGGACUUGAAUGGGACAAAGUAAGCGCCGAAUUAAGCAAGGUGUUCGAUGAUGAAGAGCUUGAAAUUGUAGUUUACAAUUUUGUACCUAAGUAAUGUCAUGCCGUAAGCGAUAACUUGAAUAUGGAGCUGAUCAUUUACUUAGAUGCAGCGGGAUGACUUCGUUAAUUAAUGCUAAGCAUUACUGGCAAAAUGUAUAUAAUGUAUGUAGGUAUAUUAUGAAUAUUAUGCAUAUUUGUACUAGAACCUGAGACUUGUUGUAAUAAAUGUUAAAAUCCAUAUAGUACAGUUAA